AUGAAUCGUUUCAUUUUGGUGUUCAUUUGCUGCUGCAGCUUGUGGAUGUGGUUACGCGGCAAUACGCACCCUCCUACAGACGUGCUGUUUGCCAGCUGCGAGCAAAUGCCCGUGCGACAACAGCACAUCUCUCAAUUGAAGCCGGGCGUAGCCCGUCCACCGCUACGUACGUCAUGGGUUGGCUGGAACCUGUGUGGUGUUGCGGCUGGUGGAGUGCUUGCAGCAUUUGCUGGCAAAAGCAAGACAAUUUCAAGCCAAACCUGCCUUCACCGUCGUGGCAAGCCUUCAGCCACGGCUUGCUUUGCAGCUGGCAGUGAUGUUGGUGUGGUGCUGCUUUCUGCUGGUGUUGGCAAGCGCAUGGGUGCAAGCAUUCCCAAACAGUAUAUCAAGCUUAUGGGCUUGGAAAUCGCGUUGCAUUCGUUGGAUACAUUCUUGGACUGUGACGUUGCUGAAAUUGUGAUAGUUUGUGCCGAGGAUUGGCAAUAUAUUUUCAAAGAUCAUCUGGAAAAGAAGGGUUCGCUUGAAGUUGACGUCAAAUUCACCACCGGUGGCAAGGAGAGACAAGAUUCCGUCAACAACGGUCUGGCCAAGAUUGAAGCUCCCAUUGUCGCCAUACAUGAUGCGGCCCGCCCCCUCGUCACCAAGGAUGAGAUAGAGAAGGUGGUGACAGAUGCACGGGAACAUGGCGCCGCUUUGCUGGCAGUCCGCACGAAGGCAACUAUCAAACAAGCGGUCAGUGAAUCAGAAGCCUUUGUCGAAGGCACUCCUAAAAGAAAGUUGUUGUGGGAAGCCCACACACCGCAAGUGAUUCGAAGCGAGUUGUUGAGGAAAGGUUUCGAGAAGGCCGAGAAAGAGGGUUUGGAUGUGACGGAUGACGUUUCCUUGAUUGAGCAGCUGGGCGAAAAAGUCAAGCUGACAGAAGGCGAGUACACAAACAUUAAGGUCACGACCCCUGAAGAUAUUGCCGUGGCGGAAACUAUUUUGAAGGAACGUGGCUUCGUUGCCCCGGCAGAAUGA